AUGAGAGAGUAACAACAUCUUCUAAUUUAGUUUACAAUCAGAACUUAGAACUCUUUAUAUCAAAUUAGGGAUAUUCUAUGUUUUUUUAAUAUUUGAUUUAAUUUGGUCAUCAUUUAUUGAGCCAACUACAAUGAAUCAAAUAUCUUAAGACAAUAAAGAAGGAUAAACAUAAAUUUUAUGGAUGAGCUCUGUUCACAUUAUAGUAACAGGAAUAAUAUUUGUAUUAUUCUGUACAUUAAUGUGGUAAACAUAGCCAUUAAAAUUAGGAAUGAUUAAACUCUUAAUUCGGUAUUGAAAAUUUUGAAUAUCUAGAGAUUUUAUGUAUGUCUUUUUAAUUAGUGGUGCUAUGCUUAUUAUUGUUGUAAUUGAAAGAGUUGCUAUUUUUAUAACAAAUACAAAAUCAAAUGCAACUAUAUAAGAAGUAAUUUAGUCGAAUUGGUCUAGCUUUUUUUAUUAAUUAUUUUUUUUUAUUAGAUUUCUCUUAAGACCUCUUUACAUCUUUGUGAUGUUGCAUGGUUCCUUAAAAAUAACUAAACCUUAUUAUCACAUGAGAAACCCAGAACUUUUCCUUAAUUGA